AUGGCCUAUGCCGAGAAGCGUGUCAGUGUUCGAAAGAAGAUUGCUAUCAAAUAUGGUCGCAAAAUUGUGCGCAUCGAGGUUGCAGAUCACGAAGAGUUCACCAUUCCUGAAGACCUCCUUUGCAAAAGAUCUAAAUUCUUCCAAAAGAACCUUCAGCCGAAGCGCAAACCUUUCGGUGUGGACACAGAAUGUCCCAUCUGCAAGGCAAAGCUUGAAUCCGGUAUCAACGAGCUCACCUUCUGCGCUAAUGGUUGCGGUCAUAAUUUUCACUACAAAUGUACGAAGCAGUGGAACACGGAGAAGCGUGAAACCAACCAACCAGUCAACUGCCCGUUCUGUCGCCAAGGCUGGCCCGGCGAUAGCAAGGAAAUCGCAGUACAUCAACACCAUGAUAUCAGCCCUGGACCAUUCUCGAUGCUUAUCGAAUGGUUGUAUCAUGGUCAUAUUGCUGUCAAAGACCUUUCCGACAACUCUGAUGACGAAGGGAUAGAUGAGACACCCGAACCCGACUUACACGAGUUGAUCGAAGCAUAUGUGCUAUGUCUCAAGCUCAAAAGCAGAAUGUUUUGUCGAGGUGUCCUAGAGGCGUUGCUAGAGAUUACUGAGGAAACUCGUAUCUAUCCCGACCAAUCCGACGUCCGUCUUGUCUACGAUAACACGACUAAAGGGGCAAUCAUAAGGCUCGUGUUGGUACGAAUGUACGCUCAAGCAGCACAAGGUCACUGGUUGAAGGAUGGGGAGAGCAUUGGAUAUUCUAGAAGGUUCCUUCGGGACUUGACAAUAGCUCUGCUCGAGAAGAGUCCUUGGGAAAGACGCUGGGACCUUGCUGAAAUGAAAGACAAAUAUGUCAUAGGGAAGAUGAUUGGGUAUGGAAGAAAGGACGGCGACGAACCGGAAGAGAUGAACAAUUUAUCAGAGGAACUGAGUUCAGAAUCGGAAUCAGGUGAAGACGAAGAAAUGCGGAGUUAAUAUUUCCCUAUAGUAAUAGGCUAACAGAGAAGGGA